CGAUGCGGUGGGUUCGCGUCAAAAAAGCUUUGGAAGUCGGCCUGGUGACACACGAGUGAAACGCAUACGACUGUUAGCGCGUGUUAGCGUGAAUUUUCCUCCUGAAAGACGUACUUCUGUCUUUCGUUAUUUUCUUUUUUCUUUUUCGUCAUAGAGAUAGAGAGAAAGUUGGAAUAGAGUAUUAAAAGAGGAAUAUAAAAGGAGGAAGGUUAAGAAGAAGGAAGAAGAAGGAAAAGAGGAAGAAGAAAAAGAGAAAGAAGGAGGAGAAGAAGAGAAAGAGAUCUUUCUUCUUUCGUCGUCUUUCGAUUUCGUCUCUUUCUCUCUCUCUCUCUCUCUCUCUUUCUUUUUUUCUCUUCAUCUCUCUCUCUCUCUCCCUCUCUUUUUCAUCGUAUCUUUCGUUUGUGAUAAUCGUCGAUGAAAAACAUGUGUUCGUUUUGUAAAUCGGUGAUCCUCAAAGAGAUUCGUUUAUCACGAAGCUCGAUUCUCGUGGAGGAGGUCCUCCGUGUCCUCUCUUGAGAUUUCCCGCGCGAUGUACGACACCGUACGUACCGAGGGACCGGUAAAGUGUUGCCAGAUCGCGUGUUCUCUUCUCGGGAUCGUGCGACGAUUGGUGAAGUCUAUUCGUGACACGAUGUUGGAAUUCUUUACGCCAGUGCCAGGUUCAUUGAAUCGGCAGCCCGAACCGGGACAGCCCGUAUCUGCCGGACCAUCACUUCCUUUUCGUUCAACAGGGGACAACAAUAACGCAGAAUCGUCGGUUUCCGUCAAGACGGAAUCCGGGCUACUGGAAACGAUCUGUGCUGGAUGCGGGCGUACGAUCACGGAUAAGUACGUGAUGAGAGUAAUGGAAAGAAACUAUCACGAGGAGUGCCUCUCCUGUGCGGCAUGUGCCGCACCGUUGUCGCAAUCCUGUUUCAUACGUGACCUCAAGUUUUACUGUCGAUCCGAUUACGAGAGGAUCUUUAGCGUUAAGUGCGCCCGAUGCAUGGAGAGGAUCAGCUGCAGCGAGAUGGUCAUGAGAGUUGCCGGCUUGAUCUUCCACAUGGAAUGUUUCGCCUGCUGCAUGUGCGGCCAACCGUUGCAAAGAGGCGCUCAUUAUAUUUUGCGUCAGGGACAACCGAUCUGCAUUCAGGACUUGGAACACGAGCUUUACAUGAAAAGUCCUCAAGAUGACGAUUUAUUGGAUGAAAAUCGACCACGAGAUGGUCGAAGAGGACCUAAACGGCCACGGACUAUCCUCACGUCGGCUCAAAGGCGACAGUUCAAAGCGUCCUUUGAAGUCUCGCCAAAGCCUUGCAGGAAGGUACGAGAGGCCCUGGCAAAGGACACGGGUCUCAGCGUUCGCGUCGUUCAAGUUUGGUUUCAAAAUCAAAGGGCGAAAAUGAAGAAGCUUCAGAGGAAAGCGAAAACAGAACCUGGAUCGGACAAAGAGCCUAAGGAAGAAAGGAGGACGGAAAGUCCUCAUAGCGAUCAUAGUCAUUACUUGAACGCCAUAAAUAUGCGUGAUGGUGAAUCUUCCAACUUUCCAUCGGCCACACAACCACUCAACCCGAACCAUCCCUUUUCACCGGAUGACGGUUAUCCAGCCAACUCCGGAGAUAGUUUCUGUAGUACCGAUGAAUCUCUGGACGGUGUCGUUAGCUUUGAAAUCGGCGAAAAUGAGAGCGGUGGUGCCGAUGGAAGUCAUCAGGGUGGUUCUCACUCUCAUCAUGGUUCUUCAUCUCACGAAGCACCCUCGUUGUCACAAGGUCUACACGCGGCUAUUCACAAUCCUAUCGACAAACUGUUCAUGAUGCAGAGUAGUUAUUUCAGUGGUGAUCACGCGUAAUCUAAGUUUUUUCGUGUUGUAUAUUAUUUCUUUCCCUCUUUCUCUCUCUAUCUCUAUUUCUCUUUCUAUCUCUCUCUCUCUCUUUCUCACUGUCUUUUUCUCUCUCUUUCUCUCUCUUACUCUCUUUCCAUCUCACCGUCUCUGUCACUUCUUCUCUCUUUAACGAAGGAUAUAAAAUGGAAAAAUUUUAAGAAAAUGGAAGAAGAAAGUCUGUCAUUGCAGCUCGUAUACAUAUAUAUAAAGAGGUAGAGAAAAAGAGAGAAAGAGAAAGAGAGAGAAAGAGAGAGAGAGAAAGAAAGAUUCGUUUCAUUGGCGUGCAUAAAUGGGACGAAAGGGUAUAUAAAUAAAUAAAUAAGUAAGUAAGUAAAAUAAGAGGAAUAUAAAGUGUGUAAUAACGAUGUGACUUCUUUAUGGAAGAGAGUUAAAAAAGAUAAUAAAAAAGGAAAAAGAAAAAAAAGAGAGAAAAGGUAAAAAAGAAGAAGAAGAAGAAGAAGAAGAAACGAGAGGACGAAGAUGGUCUAUGCUAAUGCGAAAGUGCAAGGCAUUUAUUAUUGUACGAUGUAUCCUUCGAUUUUCCCAUGUAUAAAAAGGCGUAUAUUUAAACAUUCAAAUCCCCAAAAUACAAAAUUAUUGCGGAA